GGUGGUACCGUUCACAGGAAGUGGACUGUCAUUCUGGCUGUGUCCUUGUUAGCUAACGAGCUAGUUAGCUGCCCUAACAGGCAAGCAAAUGUGUACCAUUUGGAAAGAUGAAUUAAAGUGUGCCUGAAGAGUGAAUUUGACAGAGAAUUACGUUUAGCCGCUGUUAACGGCACCAUGCUGCGUGUCGGGAGCAAAGCCGCCUGCAUGGCCUGUAGGAACCUGGUCUCCACCAACAUGGGGAUACGAUUUCGGGUCCCACUGCAGAAGCUUCACCCUCUGUCCUGUGCCAUCCACCACCGCUACUCGGGAAACACCAACCCUCAGCGACCACCUCAUCGCACAGCAGCCCGCUAUUUUACCUCUAUGUCUCGGUUGCCCAUGCGGCCACCUAAGCCUCCCCCGGGGUCAGGGGGCCGUGGCUACCAGCAACAACGCAACUUCUGGAUGGCCCGUCUCGCUGCUCGGCUGCUCAGGCUCAGAUACAUUCUGCUGGGAACAGCAGUGGGAGGAGGCUACACAGCUAAGAAGACCUAUGAAGAGUGGAAAGACAUGCUGCCAGAUUUUAGUGAAUACAACUGGGUCAUUCCAGACUUUGUCUGGGAAUUAAGUGAACAAAUUGAUUUUGAUAAACUGGCCAAAGCUCUACCAGAGAUAGAAGAAAUAGCCAAACUGCUGCCUGACAUGGACAAAAUAGGAGAGAACUUCACUUUCCUUAAAAGCCUCCUCUCCUCUGGUGUGAGUUUGGGUAGUGAAGUCAAAGGAGCUUCUGGUCUGCAUCUGUUGUUAGAAACUUCAGGCGAUCCUCAACUAAAAGCCACAGAUUCUUCUGCUGCAGCAGCGCAUGAUGCCAGUGACAAGCAGUACAAAAAGGGUCUGCUUGGGGAGCUCAUUCUUAUUCAGCAGCAGAUCCAGCGGCACGAGGAGGAAGUCCGACGGGCCGCUGCUGCCAAUAAUGCGCGUCCCCCACCGCCAGAGCCUGUUCCCAGUCCGCCUCCGAACCCCAGCCCCCCUCAACAGAAGCGCAAGUCAUCAGACAAAGAAAAGGUAGACCAGCUUCAAGAAGAACUCCUCCGUACCCAGUUAAAGUAUCAGCGCAUGCUGGAGAGACUGGAGAAGGAAAAUAAAGAAUUAAGGAAAGUGGUGCUGCAAAAAGAUGACAAAGGGAUUCACCAAAGGAAAGUGAAGAAAUCCCUUAUUGACUUGUAUUCUGAAGUCCUGGACAUCUUGUCUGACUAUGAUGCCAACUAUAACACCCAGGACCACUUACCCAGGGUGGUCGUGGUUGGGGAUCAGAGUGCUGGAAAGACAAGUGUACUUGAGAUGAUAGCCCAGGCUAGGAUCUUCCCCAGGGGCUCAGGAGAAAUGAUGACUCGGUCUCCUGUCAAGGUAACACUAAGUGAAGGCCCCCACCACGUGGCCUUGUUCAAGGACAGUGGUCGAGAGUUCGACCUUACCAAGGAGGAGGACCUUGCUGCUCUGAGACGUGAGAUUGAGCUGAGGAUGAGGAAGAGUGUGAAGGAGGGGCAGACAGUCAGCUCCGAGACAAUAUCACUGAGUGUUAAAGGCCCUGGCAUCCAGAGGAUGGUACUUGUUGACUUACCAGGAGUCAUCAGUACGGUCACUGCAGGCAUGGCAUCAGACACUAAGGAAACCAUCUUCAGCAUCAGUAAGGCCUACAUGCAAAACCCCAAUGCAAUCAUCCUCUGUAUUCAGGAUGGCAGCGUGGAUGCAGAGCGAAGCAUUGUCACAGACUUGGUUAGUCAGAUGGACCCUCAGGGGAAGAGGACCAUCUUUGUACUGACCAAAGUGGACUUGGCUGAGAAGAACCUGGCCAGCCCAAGUAGAAUCCAGCAAAUAGUGGAGGGCAAACUAUUUCCCAUGAAAGCCCUGGGCUACUUUGCUGUAGUGACAGGAAAAGGGAGCAGUGCUGAAAGCAUAGAUUCCAUCAAAGAUUAUGAGGAGGACUUUUUCCAGAACUCCAGAUUACUGAGGGAUGGCAUGCUGAAGGCUCACCAGGUAACCACCAAGAACUUGAGCCUGGCUGUCUCUGACUGUUUCUGGAAGAUGGUCAGGGAGUCUGUAGAGCAGCAAGCUGAUGUCUUCAAAGCAUCGCGAUUCAAUCUCGAGACAGAAUGGAAGAACAACUACCCUCGUUUGAGAGAGCUUGACAGGAAUGAACUCUAUGAAAAGGCCAAAAAUGAAAUCUUGGAUGAAGUCAUUAGUUUGAGUCAAGUGACCCCACAGCACUGGGAAGCUAUUCUGCAGAAGAAGCUGUGGGAACGUGUUUCCACUCAUGUAAUCGAGAACAUCUACCUGCCUGCUGCCCAAACAAUGGACUCUGGUACCUUUAACACCACUGUAGACAUUAAGCUGAAGCAGUGGACUGACAAGCAGCUCCCACACAAAGCACUGGAGGUUGCGUGGGAGACACUGCAGGAGGAGUUUGCCCGCUUCAUGGCUGAAUACAAAGGCAAAGACCAGGAUGACAUUUUUGACAAGCUAAAGGAGGCUGUGAAGGAUGAGAGCAUCAAGAGACACAAGUGGAAUGAGAGGGCCAUGGACAGCCUGAGGGUGAUCCAGCACAAUGCUCUAGAAGACCGUUCCAUCACAGACAAGCCACAGUGGGAUGCAGCAAUCCAGUUCAUGGAAGAAACGUUGCAAUCUCGCCUUAAAGACACUGAAUCAGUAAUCAAAGACAUGGUGGGUCCAGAUUGGAAGCAGAGGUGGCUGAACUGGAAGAACCGUACACCAGAUCAGCACAUCCGUAAUGAAACAAAAAAUGAGCUGGAGCGCUUGCUGAAGCUGCACGAUGACCACACGGCUUACUUGGCUAACGAUGAGGUCACCACAGUCAGGAAGAACCUGGAGGGACGAGGGGUUGAAGUUGAUCCGGUUCUGAUCAAGGACACGUGGCAUCAGCUGUAUCGCCGACACUUUUUGCAGAAGGCAUUGUCCCAUUGCAGCCUCUGCAAAAGAGGCUUCUACUACUACCAGAGACACUUUGUUGACUCUGAGUUGGAGUGCAAUGACGUGGUACUGUUUUGGAGAAUCCAGAGGAUGCUGGUCAUCACAGCCAACACUCUCCGACAGCAGCUCACCAACACAGAGGUGCGCCGGCUGGAGAAAAAUGUGAAGGAAGUGCUGGAUGACUUUGGGGAAGACACGGAGAGGAAGAUUCACCUCAUCACUGGCCGCAGAGUCCAGCUGGCUGAGGAUCUCAAGAAAGUUCGUGAGAUCCAGGAGAAACUUGAAGCCUUCAUAGAAGCUCUUCACAAGGAGAAAUAAAAAGCUAUUUAGAGUAAUGGUUUGGAUCACAGCAGAGAAAUGCACUGAACAAAGACAACUCAUCUGUAAAUGACCGGCAUCACCCCUUGUUCCUGCCCCAACACUCACCUGGUUUUGCCACCUCAUGACUUGGCCCCCCGUCCCCCCUCGGACACUGAUGGGGGGAUGGACCUGAACGGAAGGAUAAACUGGAGGAACAGUUUUCAUGCUUUCUCUUUGAUUUAUGUUCAUUUUCUUCAUGAGGCCAUGAGGAGGACUUCUGCACAGGAGCCCAAACACCGACAGAUGAGAAGCAAAAUACGAAGCUUGCACAGUAUUGUCAGACAUCUGACGACUUGUUUUCAAUAAAUGAGGGUUGUGUACAUGUUUAUCUCCUACUUUCUUAUUUUCGUUUGACUUUUUUCAUGCUUUUCUUUGCGUAUAUGUGAUUUUUCAAGCGUGUGUGUAUUCUCUGAUGUAUGUACAUCAUAGGCACUGGUCCUGAUGGCUUACAUCGCCCUGAACUUCAGACCUUUGUCUCACCUGGCACUCAUAAAAUAUGCCAAGUUACCCGUCUGAUUGAGCCAAGAGUUGUCUCAAGCUUUCAAAAAAAUUGUUUUAGUUGCACCUUGAAUCAAAGCACUUAAGUUGUCGCUCAAAGUUGUCACUGUUUUCCACAUGCACUCUACCUGUACCCCUGAAUUAGCUGUUCCUUUAUUCUACAGCUGUUGUAACGCCACGACAACCACUCAUUAACAGGAUAAACAGAAUACGCUCAGCGCUCACAAUAUUGGGUAAAGAUUACAGUUUUAAUUGCUUUCUUCUAAAGGGGUUUAUUUGACAAAUAUUAACACCAAGUUUCUGUAUCUGCCAAAUGAACAUAAGGUCAUGCUUCUUGCUCACCUGUCCCUCUGAGUCUCUCUGUGCAUUUCUAUCAUUGUAAAAUAACAUUUCAUCUGUUGCAACUCACAGACAUUACGGCUUCACAAAAAAUGCCCUCUUACUAGUUUGAAAAUAUAGUUAAACAUAAAUUUAGGCUGUUUAAGAAUCAUUUAAACAUGAGACACUAAUAAUGUAAGGGUUUUUUUUACAGUCCAUUCUUAUGCCCUUGUUUAAGACAUCGUUACAUAUUCACACAGUAAAAAUGUUGGUCCUAUUAACAGUUUAAAAACAGAUUGUCAACCAGUUUACAACUAUAUUCGAUUUGGUUGUAAAAUUCUAUUACUAGUUAUUAGACACUUUACAUUUAAUCUUAGGGCCUGGUCUCUACCUGUCCAGUAUCCAAUCCAAGCUCAUCAGUUGGUCCGGUAACACAGACACUACAUUUGUUGUCUUCAUGUGUUUCCAUAUCGCACCAGGUUUGAUGUCCCCUUUUCAGUACUGUUAUGUCUUUGUGUGUGUACACAACACAUGUGCACUAGUACUCAUCCUCUCGUCUGCCUUUGAUUGGAUGGUUGUUAAGCUCAAACACACCAAAAAGAAGGAAAGUCAUUUUCUCUUUGCUCUCAGAAUUAAGAAAAAAAGGAAAUAUCUGACAUGCUGGUGGAUGGUUUUUAAAGUGAAAAUGUGUGUUUUUGUCCACUCACUGGUUCUCCUGCCAGUCAUUGUUCAGGGCCCAGUGUUUCCACUUGCUCCUUCCUCAUCUUUAAACACUCACCUCUUUGCACCCCCUUUAUUUGGACCCUUUCAUCACCCACGUAGACAUGUGCUCAUUCUUCCUAGCUUCAAAAACUGUUCUAUAUUUGCCUGAAAGGAGGGCAGUGAGACCACGUCAACCCUCGUCAUUCAUUCAUAUGUGUAUAUGGGUAUAUAUAUAUAUAUAAUAUGGCGUGCAUUCUGUACAGGUGAUGAGCAGUCAUGGAGUUAGGAUCGUGUACAGCACGUGUGAGAGUGAGCCACUUGUGUAACAGAAAAUUGGUGAGCUGGUUUAAAAACAUGUUUUAUGUUGUAGAAAGUAAUGUUUGCAUGGUGUACCCCAUCAGAUGUGCUUUAUUUAUUGAAUUUGUGUUUAAAAGAUAAAUUGAAAAUAAAAUUGACAUUUAAAAAAAAAAAGUUUUUUUCAUGAGGUGUCAGCUUGUCCUGUCAGCAUUAAACCAACCUUCACAAAAGUCACUUCGUAGCUUUGUGCGUUGUCUGCUGGCUCAGUAUUGGCAUCACCCGUCUGUUCCUUAAGAAACAACAUGAGUCCAGAUAGAAACACGGAAACGGCUAUUGGCUGGAUUUUCUGAAGUGAUCAAGAGAUCAUCGAUUGUCCUGACUCUGAUCACCCCCUGACUUUUCUUAACUUGCUAAACAGCAAACAGUUUCUGGUGGUUUUAUUUACUCUUCUUUUUUUUUACAUGCUGUAGGCUAAAUUUUCUAGUCUGUCACUCAUGAUUAGGUUCUAAAUCUGCUGAUUAUUUUUAGUUUUAAUGUUUCUGGCUGCAAUAAAUGGUGUCAGUUUGA